ACCACACGAAUUGCACAUCUCCACAGCUCACGAUUCCAACACUAGCUACAUAUAUAUGUAGCUUUCUAGGCUACUAUAUACACUCACCACCAAGUGUGAAGUGUGUAUAUAUAGUGACAGCUACUGCAAUAUAUACAUACGCGUCACCUAUAUAUUAGCCAAGCUAGCUAUAUGAGCUUGGUUGCGGCGCCAAUGGCGAUCGUCGACGUGGCCAACGCCCAGCUGCAGCAAGCAGCAGCAGCAGCUGCCAAGAAAGACGAGGACGGCCAUGAGCAGCAGGAGUCGUCCUACGACUACGGCGCGCUGAUGAAAGGCGUGAGGCACCUGUCGGACAGCGGCAUUACCAGGCUGCCCGACAGGUACGUCCUGCCCGCGUCCGACCGCCCCGGCGUCCUUGCCGUCUCGUCGUCCGUGGCGGGCAGCGGCAGGGUCAAGCUCCCUGUCGUCAACCUCGCCGGCCUCCGCGACCCCUGCCAGCGCGCCGCCGUGCUGGCCACGCUCGACGCCGCGUGCCGGGAGUACGGCUUCUUUCAGGUGGUAAACCACGGGUUCGGGAGCGACGUGAGCGGCGGGAUGCUGGACGUGGCGCAGCGCUUCUUCGAGCUGCCGCUGGCCGAGCGAGCGCGGCACAUGUCGGCGGACGUGCGGGCGCCGGUGCGCUACGGCACCAGCUUCAACCAGGCCAAGGACGACGUGCUCUGCUGGCGCGACUUCCUCAAGCUCGUCUGCCAGCCGCUGCAGGCGGUGCUCCCGUACUGGCCCCAGCAGCCGGCGGACCUCAGGGACGUGGCCACCAGGUACGCCACGGCGAGCCACCGGCUGUUCAUGGAGGUCAUGGAGGCGGCGCUGGAGGCCCUGGGCAUCCCCACGGCCGGCGGCGUGCUCGGGGAGCUGGCAGCGUCGUCGUCGCACAUGAUGACGGUGAACUGCUACCCGGCGUGCCCGCAGCCUGAGCUCACGCUGGGGAUGCCCUCGCACUCGGACUACGGCCUCUUCACGUUCGUCCUGCAGGACCACGUCGAGGGCCUCCAGGUCAUGCACGACGGCCGCUGGCUCACCAUCGACCCCAUCCCGGGAUCGUUCGUCGUCAACGUCGGCGACCACCUAGAGAUCUACAGCAACGGGCGGUACAAGAGCGCGCUGCACCGGGUGCACGUGAACUCCACGCGGCCGCGCAUCUCGGUGGCGUCGUUCCACAGCCUGCCGGCGGAGCGAGUGAUCGGGCCGGCGCCGGAGCUGGUGGACGACGAGGCCGGCAACCCGCGGCGGUACAUGGACACCGACUUCGCUACCUUCCUCGCCUACCUCGCAUCCGCGGACGGCAAGAACAAGACCUUCCUCCAGUCAAGGAAGCUGCCUGCUGCUGCUCCUCCAUGCCUCUAGCUAACUAGAUAGCUGCUUAUUAAUCUGACAGAAUAAAAUUAAUCAGUUCAGCGCACAAUUCCACAAGCGAAAACAAACCUGGAUUUGUUUUAAUUAGCUCUGCCCUUCAUUAUUACAUUCAAGCUAGCUCUUGGUCAACGCAUGCA